AUAUAAACAUGGUCAAAGCUAUUAUUGCCCCUUCAAUCCUUGCAUCCAACUUCGCCAACUUAGGUUGUGAUUGUCAUCGUAUGUAUGACAGUGGUGCUGAUUGGCUCCACGUUGAUGUUAUGGAUGGUAACUUUGUCCCCAACAUCUCGUUAGGACCUCCAAUUAUCUCCAGUUUGAGACAAGAGAUCCCUAAAUCAACCACAAAGGCCAGUUUCUUCGACUGCCACAUGAUGGUGGCUGAGCCAGAAAAAUGGGUCGAAGAAGUUGCCAAGGCUGGAGGUGAUCAAUACACAUUCCAUUAUGAAGCUACUCUGGAUCCAGUUGCAUUAGUCAAGUUGAUCAAGCAACAUGGGAUGAAGGCUGCCUGUGCUGUCAAACCGGGAACCUCUGUUGAUGUUUUAUACCCAUUGGCUGAAUACUUGGACAUGGCCUUGGUUAUGACUGUGGAACCAGGAUUUGGUGGUCAGAAAUUCAUGCCAGAAAUGAUGCCUAAGGUGGCUGCAUUAAGAGCUAAAUUCCCAAACAUGAACAUCCAAGUCGAUGGUGGUUUGGGUAAGGAAACAAUUCCUGCUGCUGCUGCCGCUGGUGCCAAUGUCAUUGUGGCAGGAACUUCUGUGUUUAAAGCUGAAGAUCCAGCCCAAAUGAUUUCUCUUUUGAGAUCCACCGUGCAAGACAGUUUGACUGAAAAGGGAUUAUUAGAUAAGUAGAUGUAUACCAAUUCUCUUUAGAAUGAGAGAUGUUCACCCAAUUAUUUA